AUGAAAUUUGGAGAGGCGUUCACGGAGUACCUGCAUGGAGAACUGGACAAGUUCUUGGAAAACUGUGGGCACGUCGAUUAUAAGACUCUCAAGAAAGUACUCAACACCUGUCGGAGCUGCAACACUUUACGUCACUCUUGCUCCUCUGAUUCUUCUGAAUGCCAAUGCCAUUCUUGCCCAUUGUGUGAUCAGAAGUUCUUUUCUGAGUUGAUGAAGGAAGCUUCACAAAUAGCUGGAUGCUUUAGCUCGAGAGUCAGGCAUCUCCUUCAUCUUCAUGUUGCUACUGGAAUGCAAAGAUAUGUAUUGAGCUUGCGUCAUUGUUUCAAGGAUGAUCAGAAAGCCAGGGUACUAGAAGGAUGGAUGCUGAUUGAAUAUGCUCUCAUGAAUGCAAUUGCAAUCAGAAAAAUUCUUAAGAAGUAUGACAAAAUUCAUGGCUCUGUAAAAGGGAGGAAAUUCGAAUCCAAGUUGCAGGCUGAACAUGUUGAGCUUUUGCAAUCACCUUGGCUUAUAGAAUUGGGUGCCUUUUACUUGAAUUCUAAUGGAUCAGAUGAUGGAGGCUUUAAGGAGGCUUCUAGUAACUUUUCCUGUGAUUUCAAUGUGAACCCACCUGUAAUGACAUUGAUGCUUCCACAUCUGAUAAAGCUAGAACUUGAUCUGACUUGUGCUGUUUGCUUGGUGAGAUCUUACUUUCAGUAUACUGCAAAGAAAAUGAAAAUUUGGAUUUUGUAUGCGUUCUCUUAUGCCUAUCUCAUUAUGCUUUCGCAGGAUACUGUUUUUAAUCCGUAUGCUUUGAGUUGUGGUCAUCUUUUCUGUAAGUCCUGUGCUUGUUCAUCUGCUUCUGUGUUUCUCUUGGAAGGCCUUAGAGCAGCAAGUCCAGAGUCGAAGUGUCCAAUAUGCAGAGAGGUUGGAGUAUAUACAAGAGCAGUGCACAUGUUAGAACUGGAUAUGCUCUUGAAAAGAAGGUGCAAAGACUAUUGGAAGGAGAGACUAACUGAAGAACGUGCUGACAUGUUGACUCAAUCUAAGUUGUAUUGGGGUACACAUGCCAGGAAUGCAAUUGGGUAUUGAC